AUGCAAGGUUUCUAUGUUCAACCAGGAAUUUUCAGUCGUGUGACAGCAGGACUGCAUACAACACCGAAUGUUAUGGCAGAACCUUUAAAGAAAAAGAAGAGAGUGGAUCCUGCUGUUGAACAACAACGAAUAGGUAGAAAAAUCAGAAAAAUUGAAAAAGAGAUUAAACGUCUUAGUCGUUUCGACAGAAGAUUAAAGCCUAUUGAAGAAAUAGAAGGUGAUCGUCAAUUGAUGAAGGAAUUAAAAUCUCGUCAACGGUCACCGAUAGACGUCAGUGAAAAUGAAGUAGAUCAACGAAUAGGAAUUUGGAAGUGUUGGACACGUUAUCAAAGAGAAGUGACACACCGGGAGAAUCGACUGUAUAGAUCAGUAUUGGCAGCUCAACAAAAAGCUCUAAAGUGUUUGUAUGAAACAUCCCCCAACUUGUACAAAGAAGCUAUUCAACCUUAUGCUGAAUUAUUAACAGUGGGAGAAUCCACUGGUUCACAAAAAGGAGAAAAAGGAUUGGCUAUGAAUCUAACACUAACUGGUCCGUAUAUUGGUGCGCCUAAACUGCACAGGGAAUUGAUUGAGUCCACAGGGGAAUAUGAUCCACCCGACGGGGAACACUGUGAUACAACACCUAAGCUAACUUAUGAUUUUGAAUUAGACUCACAGUUUUUAGCUGAACCAAAGAAAAAGAAAUUCACAUUACCAAAUAAAUAA